GAUCGCACGGCGGCUUUCUCCAGGCCGCCACCGUCUGUAUUUGUAGAUUCCGAAUAAAACAUACAUAAUCUCUGAUUUGAUUAUUUAUUUUUAUGCUUUUUUAUUAAUAUUUUAUACUACAAGACAAAUCUUUUUAUAUAAAUAUAUCAUUUUAUUUUUAGUCCUGAUUUAAUCAAAUUUUCAAUAUCUUUAAUUUGAACGACCUUUCCCAAAGCUCCAUCAAUGGCGGACUCCAACUUCGCCUACCUCUGGUUUCUCCUCAUCCUCUCACCUAUUGCUCUCCUCAUCUUUCUCUAUUUCAUAGUUCGACCACGUCCAGUCAAGAUCGCAAUAAAAAACCGUCACGUCUUCAUCACUGGCGGAUCUAGUGGCAUCGGCCUCGCCCUGGCUCACCGGGCCGCAUCGGAGGGUGCACGAGUCUCCAUCCUAGCCCGAUCGCUCGACAAGCUCAAGGAGGCGAAGGAAUCAAUCAGUCUAGCCACAGGCGUCGACGUUGCGAUCUUCGCCGUUGAUGUGAGGGAGUACGAUGCCGUUCGUAUGGCGGUGGAGGAGGCUGGGCCCAUCGAUGUGCUGGUUGUGAAUCAAGGGGUUUUUAUUCCUCAAGAACUGGAGAAGCAAGAUUUGGAUGAGGUGAAGUUCAUGGUGGACGUGAAUCUGAUCGGUAGUUUCAACAUGAUAAAGGCUGCUUUGCCUAGUAUGAAGGAUAGAGGAAAUCGUGGACCGGCUUCAAUCGCUCUCAUGUCAUCCCAGGCUGGUCAGGUGGGCAUAUAUGGUUAUACAGCUUAUUCAGCAAGCAAGUUUGGGUUGAGGGGUCUAGCAGAAGCGUUGCAGCAGGAGCUUAUCUCACAAGACAUUCAUGUCUCUCUUAUAUUUCCUCCAGAUACAGAUACACCUGGCAUGGCAGAAGAGGUCAAGAGACGUCCUCAGCUCACCAGCGUCAUAGCUGCAGCAUCUGGUGCAAUGGGAGCUAAUGAAGUUGCCAAGAAAGCUUUGGAUGGCAUUAAAUGUGGUAGCUUUAUUAUCCAUUGCAACUUAGAGGGGCUCUUACUGUCCAUAGCAACUGCUGGCUUAUCUCCUCAGAGAUCAUUUUUAAUGGCUUUCGUUGAGGUGUUUGCUGCUGGCCUGAUACGUGUUGCAGCACUUUGUUUCCAGUGGAAUUGGUAUUCAAGCAUUGAGAAGUGGCAUGUACAACAUAAACAAUAAGGUGUGGAUAAUUUGAUGGAUAGAUGUAAGGACUUUGAGCCACUUAAGUGUUGAAGUGAAGUUGAAGAGUUAGAUUUCACUCUAUACAUGAGUGUGAAAACAACAAACACAAGUGCUUUUGUAAUUGAAAAGAACCAUUCUUUUUUUCUUACAAAAAUCAUGCUCUUUUCUUAACCAUUGAACCUUUCUGAUUUCUGUCUCAAAGUUUGGUCUGUGUGCUACUUAAAUUGGAGCACCCAAAAGUCUAGACUGUAAAAUGUUAUCACAAAAUAAACUGUGUAAAGAUAAAACUAGGGGAAGAGAUAGCCUUUUGACUUUUACAAUGCAAUUUCUUGUGGUAAA